AUGGACCAGCGCGGAGCAGAGGGCUCGGGCAUGGCUGAUUUUGCCGGAGAGCGGGUGCCCUGCUGCCAGGGGCUUCGCUACUGCAGAGCCCGUGAUGAGGCUGCUGGGAGGCGGGGGCUCGGCCGAGCGCGGCACGCUGUCUCAGAGCUGUCCCAUCUGGUAAAAUCCUUGGUUCGUUUCGCCUGCCUGAGCGUCGACCCGACGGAGGGAGGAUCAACAUCGGAGAUGGUCGCAGUAAUCAGCGCAGCGCUGGCGGCUGGGCUGGGCUCGAGCUUCCUCGCUUUAGCUGCGCCCAAAAAGGCCGCCCGCGCCGGAGGUAGACCGGUGGGACGAAAUAACCGGCGGAUCAACCGGGGGAUCGUGGAGGAGUGCUGCUUUCGGAGCUGCGACCUGGCUCUGCUGGAAACCUACUGCGCCAAGUCGGUCAAGUCGGAGCGCGACCUCUCCGCCACCUCCCUGGCGGGCCUGCCCGCGCUCAACAAGGAGAGCUUCCAGAAGCCCUCUCACGCCAAGUACUCCAAGUACGACGUGUGGCAGAAGAAGAGCUCCCAGCGGCUGCAGCGGGAGGUGCCGGGCAUCCUGCGGGCUCGC